AUGAAUGAGGAACAAAAGCUGUUUCUGGUGGAUUUGGUAAUUGUUGGUCUUGUCUUGUCUCAGUUCUUUCCUUGUCCACACUGCACCAUCUCCUUCACUGACUGUUACUUCCUGGAGAACCACAUCAAGACCAAACACCAGAAGCAGUACCUGGCCAUGUUGAAAAGCCAAGUCUCAAAGAGUAAAAGAGUGUACGGCCCCACACACAGCUGUCCCCACUGUAGCUGCAUGUUCCAUACACCACGACAGCUAGACAUCCACACCCGCCAGGCCCACCCCUCUGACCGUCCCCAGAAACCUGCCCCUCCCCGGAGAACUGGCCGUCCCCACAGGGUUCAGGAGAAAUUCCACACCUGCCCACAGUGUUCCCGCAGAUUCAAGUACCUGGGCAGCCUGCUGAAGCACUGCAAGAAUUUGCACAAAAUGGCCGUUGUUCUCAUCGAUGGACACCUCAGUUGCGCGGACUGUGGGAAGAGCUUUGAGAAUUGCUGGGGACUGGAUCCUCACCGGUGUCAUGAACCAGAGGACACUAAACCUAAGGACACUAAGCCUGUGAUAUGUCUGGAAGUCGGCUUCCAUUGCUCUGAGUGUGGCAAGAUCCUCACAACUCCUACAAGCCUGAACACUCGCGUGCGCAUGCACACCAGAGAGAAGCUUUACGAAUGCAAGGAGUGCGGCAAAAGAUUCUCGAACGGCAGCUGUUUAGGCAAACACCUGCUGAUACACAAGGGGGGGUCAAAGAAUUCAAAUGCCAGGAUUGUGGGAAGGCUUUCGCCCAGGCAAACCUUCUGAGGAAUCACAUGACUGUUCACUCUGGUGAGAGAAAGUUCUCCUGCUCCCAUUGUGACAAGCGGUUUGCAUACAAGGGUAGUCUGGAGCUUCACCUGCGCACACACUCAAGGGAGAGACCUUUCAAAUGUACUGUGUGUGGUAAAGACUUUGCUGACAAAGGUUAUCUGAAGACGCAUCUGAAGAUCCACAGCAACCAGAAACUACCUUUGUGGGCGCAAGUUCAUAAGGCUUGGGUUAUUGAAGUUACACAUGCGCUCACACACCGGGGAAAGGCCCUACCACUGCACAAUGUGCGACAAGGAGUUUAGACUCACACCUGAAGAACCACCAUCUCACUCACACAGGUGAGAAACCAUACACCUGUACCGAGUGCGGUAAAAGCUUCACUCAGUCUGGAGAUCUGACUAAACACAAGCGCCUCCACACUGGGGAGAGGCCAUUUGAAUGUUCUGAAUGCCACAAACGCUUUAUCUGCUCUGCUUCUCUGACCCUGCACGUGAGGACCCACACUCACCGUGACGUAAAGCCAUACUCCUGCCAAGAGUGUGGGAAGAGCUUUUAUGAACAGUCACGUUAAAGUCCACAUGAAACUCCACAAGGGGAAACCGUAUACCUGCCCCCACUUUUAUUUUUAUUUUUUUUAUCAACCUCUCCAAUCACCUGCCUAGAUGUCUUUAACUUAAAUGCGUUAAACCUAUGAAUGAAUAGGAGGGGGGAUUUGUUCCCUUCAGUGAUCGAUGCUUGACAACAUAUGCGAACUGUACCACUACUGUGUAUGGUAACUCCAUAUCACAGAAUCUACCUAUGAUACCACAAUGUCUUUAGCAAUAUUCCAAUUUGUUCACAUACAUUAGAUUGUUAGUUAUGUUUUUGUUAUCUUGUAGCUGUUUUAACCUGUAUUUGAUAUAUUUUUUUUAAAGGGACUGUGAUGUACAGAAGAUUGUUUGACUUAUUGUCCUAGUGAUGAGUAGGUGAUAAUGUUUUGAAAAGAUGGUAUGUUUAUUCCUUUUUGUUUUGUAGUGUAUUCCUUGAUUUGGAACAAGAGGAGCAUUUAUGUAAAGCUCACUCUCCAUGCAUUGUUAUAAACAUGACGUUAGAUUCAUGGGGCUCCCGAGUGGCGCAGCAGUCUAAGGCACUGCAUCUCAGUGCUAGACGCGUCACUACAGACAACCUGGAUUCGAACCAGGGUGUAGCACAACCGGCCGUGAUUGGGAGUCCCAUAGGGCGGCGCACAAUUGGUCCCGGUUUGGCUGGUGUUGGCUGUCAUUGUAAAUAAGAAUUUGUUGUUAACUAGAGGAAUAAUUAGAACGUUAAUUACAUAAAGACCACUUGAACAGUUGGAAAACAUGAUUUGUUUCAUCCCAUAAGCCAUCAUUGGCCUGCACUGGUUGAAAUGUAGCAAUACCAAACCUAUGAAGCCAUACUUCUGCCAAGAAUGAGGGAAAAGCUUCUAUGAACGGAAACGCUUUAGACGCCACAUGAAGACUCACACGGGGGAGAGAUCGUACCCCUGCCCCCCUUGCUUUUCCAGCUUCAAACCAAACAUCUUGAAACACCUGCCUAAUGUCGGAAAUUAUAAUGAUUUGCCUUUUUUAUAUAACACCUUAUAUAAUAACUCAUUGUAUUCAUAGGUAUGACUUGGAGAUGACUCCACCACAGUGAAACUAUAACGUUAUAAUGGAACAUCAUUAGGUUAUAGUUACAUUGUUUAAUGAACUGUUUUUUUGUAUUUCUUUUUUUUCUUAAUUUCAUCGCUUUUUAAAUGACAAGAUUUGUAUGCCGACUCCUGCUGAUGACUGACAAAGGUGACGGUCUGUGAAAGAUGGCAUGUACAGUCUCUCAUUUUUGUAAAUAUGAGUAUAUCUUUUCAUGUGACAACACUGAAGAAAUGACACUUUGCUACAAUGUAAAGUAGU